AUGUCGACAGAUUUAAUGUUAGACUUUACCAACCAUCAGCAGUACCCAGUUAUGGAUAGUGAGGCAGCCAUCACCUCCAUCGACCACGGAGGAGAGGAGUGGGAUAUAAGUCUGUUUGAUGAGCUUGAUGACCUGGGAGAUGCAGACGACCUGCUGGAGGCCCUCGAGAGUGCUGGCUAUGUCACCGAGGGGCCCGACCUGGACUUUGAUAUCGAUAUUCCUCAGUGGAGUGAGGGCGUGUCCGGUAGCACCUGCACAGAUGGCGGCAUGAGCGAGGACUCGCUCUCACCAGCUCACACCUUCAGUUCUGUUCCCUCGCCGUCCUCCGUGGAGGCGCUGUCGCCGUACUCUUCUCAAGAUGAGGCUCUGUCUCCACAGCAACAGCCGUCUCCGCUUUCAGUCUGCUCAGAUUCCAGUGGCUUUUCUGAAGUAUCUCCACCUCCCAAGAAAGUUGCAAAGAGGACCACUAAAGCGACACAAGCUCAGCCCCUCAGGAGGCCGAUUCAGACCGGCCCGAAGAUCUCCAUCCAGCCCAAACCUGUGAUUACGGCGAUGCCGCUGGCUCCAACUCCAGCCACCCUGCAGCCCAAAACGAUCAUCAUCCAGCCCCUGCAGACCACUGUGCUGCCUGUGGUCAAGCCAACUCCAGUCAGUAUCCAACCAGCGCCCCCUUCUGGUCCAUCCAUCGUUCUGUCUCAGCCAAGCCAGCUGCUGCAGAUCCAAACGCCACAGGCCAUCUCCGGCGGUGUGGUUGCCAUGACAACCCUCAGCCAGGACAGACCUGUUUCUGUGGCUGCCCCCCCACUGGUCUCCGUUCAACUUUGCUCCCCCUCCUCAGACGACGAUUCCAAGUUGUCCCAGAGGCAGCAGCGCAUGAUAAAGAACCGAGAGUCGGCAUCCCUGUCUCGGAAAAAGAAAAAGGAGUACCUGCUCUCUCUGGAAGCUCGCCUCAAAGUGGCGUUGUCGGAAAAUGAGGUGCUGAAGUCUGAGAACGGCAACCUGAAGAAGCAGCUGGAGGGGCUGCUGAGUGAGAACACAGUCCUGAAGGCAACUGCCCCCAAGAGGAGAGCCGUGUCCCUCAUGGUGGUCCUGGUCUUCCUCGUGUUCAAUGUCGGACCAACGAGUCUUCUUCAAGGAGGCCCAGACUCCAGUCUGAAAGUUGCUCCCAUGCAGCACAGCGGCAGACAUCUGCUGGGUUUUUCAUCGGAGGCAGAGACCGAGGGGCUGACACAUCCCCAACCUGGCAACGCACAUUCUGGAGCAGCAGACAGUCCUGGACGUAAGGCCUUGAUGGUGGUGAAGGAUCCAGUCUUUCUCAGACCACCUCCCCCCUGUCAACCUUCCAUUAACAGGACCAAAUGUAUGGAGCUUGCUCACGAGCUCAGUGGUUGGGUCCACCGUCAUGAAGUGGAGCAGACCAAAUCCAGGCGAGUGAGCAGCAGCCCCCACAGACCCACCAGGACCACUCUGAAAAGCUACUUAAAAAGAAGCAAAGAGGCAGAAAGCGCUCAGAUUGUGACCGUUCCGUACACAGGAACCACUGAGGGGAGGAAUCCUGGCAGCGAGCUGCAGCUUUACUACGCGCCAAAACACAUUUACAGCGACUUUUUUGAUGAGCUCAACCGUCAGGCGGACACUUUCUACGUGGUUUCUUUCCGAAGGGAUCAUCUUCUGCUUCCCGCCACCAACCACAACAAAGGAAGUCGACCCAAGAUGUCUGUGGUGUUGCCAGCAAUGAACAUAAACGAUUCCAUCAUCGGAGGCAAAGACUUCCACGUGAUGAUGCAGAUCGACUGUGAGGUCACCGAUACCAGGAUCCUUCACAUCCGCUCCUCCACCAUCCCGCCUGUGCUGCGGGUCAACGACACCUUCUACCAGCACUCCUCCACGGACACCAAGGCUCCGCCUCCUGUUGGGGUCCUGGUGGGGUCGGCGUAG